UUUCCAUAUGAUUUUGUGAGUCCCAAAUUGUUAUUUUCUAAUUACUUUGAAUUAACUAUGGAAGUUGUUGAAAUAGAAAAGCAAAAAAGGACUCAUCUUAUUAUUAUCAUUGAUCUAUCACCUAAUCUGUACCUUCUACAACGUAAUGAUUCCUCUUAUGAGAUUUGGUUAAACUCGUUGAUCUCAUUUUGUAAUAUUCACUUGUUGAUGAACAAUGAAAAUAUGCUUCAUGUUAUUGGAUCACAUUGUAAUGGGAAUACGGUUCUUUAUCCAAUCGAAAAUGAUGAUUCAAGUGACCUGAAAGGACCGACAAAUGGUCAAUAUGAGCUGUUCUCGAUUCUCUCAAAAACUAUUCAUAGUCAGAUAAAGAAAGUUGUUCGACAAUGUAGAUCUUUACUGGAGGAAAUUCAUCAAUCUAGAAAUGGUGAUUUGAUUAAACCUCAGCCAUUGAUUUCUGGUGCUUUGGCCAUGGGAAUGUGUUGUAUUCAAAGACACAAGGCUGAUGUUGACUCUUCCAGAAUGGCUGUUAUUGCUGCUAGUAAUUACGAUUCAACCGCUUUCACCUCACAGUAUAUGAAUUUCAUGAAUGUUUAUUUCACCGCUCAAAAAUUGGGAAUUAUCAUUGAUUCGUGUGUCCUCUCACCCGAUGAACCAGAAGAUGUGAAACACAUUAUCGCAAGUAAAAUUCCCAUGUCGAUAUUUCAACAAGGCUGCGAUCUAACCAAUGGAAUUUAUUUAAGAGUCGCCAAUGUUAAUGCUUUUUUGGAAUACUUGAUAUGGGCAAUGUUACCUGACUCAGAAAUUAGGAAAAAAUUGGUUCUUCCUUCACAGAAAAAGGUUUCAUACAAAGCGGCCUGUUUUUGUCAUCGAAAUCUAGUGGACAUUGGUUAUGUUUGUUCCGUUUGUUUAUCAAUAUUUUGCUCAUUCUCACCAAUUUGCUCAACCUGUAAUACCGUAUUCAAGCUUGGUCCACUUCCGACCGGAGUGAAAAUGAAAAGAAAACAAGCAAAAGCCAAGUAAAAUGUAAUCACUCAUCAAAUUCAAUUUAUUCUUCCUCAUCCUUUAUCCAUCCAUCGAACUGUGCUAACAAUAUAUCAUCGUAAUCAUCAAUUCAUCAUAUUCAACAAUCUCCUCAUCAGUCAAACAUCAAUUACAUCUUUAUUUUAAAUACAUUGUAAUCCUGAAUCUCUUAAAUUAUAAUAGGAAAUGGUUAAGGAUUGGAACUCAGAGGGCCCUCAAAGAUACUCAUUUCCUCCAUAUGAUGAGAGUUCCACUCAAAGGACAAUGAAAACCUGGACCAGGACCCUUGGAUCCACCAAUGAGACCUGCCAACAUGAUGAAUUGUAGCCCAUACAAUUAUGGUGGCCCUCGUAUGGAUAAUGGUCCACAUCCACCACCGCCACAACAACAACAACAACAGUAACAACAACCUCCAUUCAUGAAUCCAGGCGAUAAUUACAUGAACAAUCAUCGAAUGCGAAUGCCAGGGGACAUGGGAAUGCCGAGGUAUAAUGCUCCCAUUAACGAUGGUUCUAUGCACCCACAAUUCAUUCCUCGAAUGGGAGGUUACCCACAAGUGAUGCCCGAUCAGGUGCCAUUUAACGGUGGCCCUUCACCUCAAGGUUAUUUCUGAGGUAAAAACGACAAAAGCGACAAAAGUUUCUUCCUCUUCGUAAAAUUGGUAAAAUCUGAUGAGACGUAAACACAAAUACAAACCAAUCAUUAAACUAAUUUGAUGUAGCCUACAUGUGAUAUAUUUGUCUUCUUUAACAUAAAACCUCGUCAUCUCUCAUCGAGGUGUAAAAUUGUCUUUACACUGAUGAAUAAAAAUAAUAAAUAAAAUGUCACCAUGAAAAUUCAAUGAGUUCAAUUAAAGGGAAAAAUGAAAUGUGACAGAA